AUGCUCCUUCCCCACUCUUCUCCUCUGCCUUUAUUCUCUCCCCUCAGCGGCACAGCAGUUGACUACUCCGCCGUUAUCCCUCCUCUUAUUUCUCCCCUCAGCGGCGCAGCAGCAGACUACUCCGCCGUUAUCCCUCCUCUUAUUUCUCCCCUCAACGGCUCAGCUGCUGACUACCUCGCCCCUAUUCCUCCUCUUAGUUCUCCCCUCAUCGGCUCAGCAACUGACUACUUCGUCCCUAUUCCUCCUCCUCUUAUUUCUCCCUCACCGGCUCACGUCGCCGCUCUUCUACCAAUGUAA